UGUUAAUUCGACAAUGUUUUUUGUGCGUUAUAUUUGAAAAUCUGAGUAGACUAUAUUUUGAAAAUAAUUCCAACUUUGGAUAUGUAAUUAUGGAUGCAGGUAGGCGGACCUGCAACAAGCGCGUCUGCUGCACCUACAUGUUCACGUUUUCAUUACUCGUGCUCUUUUUCUAUCAUCUAAUGUGGAAUAAUAGAAAGAGUAUUAUAGGACUUACACGGCUGCAAGAAGACGUUAACUGUAUAUCCCAAGCGCUUAAAGUGGAUUGCACAGCAAAUACAUACGAAUAUCUGCCUUCAGUAACAUCUGGUUGUAGCCAAAAUCAGAAUAGUAAGGCAUCCAUAAGUUGCGAUUCAAGUGAAUUGAAUGAUUGUGUGGAUACAUUGGUAAAACGCAAGAUUGGCCCCUUAAUGGACGAUGUAUACAAUAUAAAAAAAAAAUUCGAACAAUCAAUUUGUCGAGAUUCGCAGACAAAUGCACCCCACACCAAUAAGCAAUCACUGGCUGUGUCUCCACCUCGUAUCAAUUAUGCUUCCGAGGAGCUGGGUGCACGUAUAAUUUCGGCUAUAGCAGAACCAAUUGCUAAUAGCAACUUGGUUAAGUCGUUGCUCGGCUUGGAUUUUAGUACAAAUCCACCCAUAAAUAUGUUGAGGCCAAGCCUAAUGCCAGGAUCGUGUUUCGGGUUUCGGGGCUAUAAAGCAACAAUUUCCUUACAACUGGCGAAGACUAUCCAUGUGCAGGAAAUAAGUUUGACACAUGUGCCGAAAGAGAUGACUCCGAGUGAGUGUGUAAAUAAUGCACCAAAAGAUUUUGAGGUUUACGGUGUGUCGACAAAGACUCACAAAAAAGAACUAUUAGGUAAGUGGAAAUACAAAAAUGAGCCCACAGCACGCACAGAGAACUAUAUUGUCGGCAAGCAUUGCCCAUUUCGUAUAUUGGUUUUUUCAUUCAAAACAAAUCAUGGCGGAAAUUCCACUUGCAUAUAUCGCGUGGAAGUGUUUGGCAAAGCGAUAGACACAAUUCGUUAAUUCAUUUUAAAAAUCUUUUAAGUUGUUAAAAAAACGUUAUUUUGUUCAAAUUA